UAUAACUAAAGCUGUCAUCCCAUCGAAUUGCUCUUAACAUUUCUCGUACUAUUAAACUUUGACAAUUUUAUAAAAAAUAAUAUUUGCGUAAAGUGAUAGGUUUUUAAAAAGCAAGGUAAAUGUCGACAAAUGAGUUUAUUCAAGCUUUGAGAAAGCUAGAUUUUCCUUUAUGUGCGCGAGAAGCUUUGUGCAAAAUUGAGAUGUUGUGCGCUAGACCUGGAAAGCAGAUGGAUCUGCAAAUGGACCUGAUAUCUGAAUUUGUAUUUGGAGAAAUCGAGAGGCGUAAGAAACGCAUGACACCAUCAGCUAUACAGGAGUUACAACUGGUCGAAGUUCUAAGUGAUUUCUUUCAAAGUCCUGGUGGCAGUCCCGCAGUUCGAAAUGCUGUUUUUUUAUCGUUAUUCCCUGCCGAAAGUUCCAGACACACAAUCUUGGGAAAUUUAGUAUCACUAGCCAUUACCACGCAUAAUAAACCAGUGUUAAAUGCAACUGGAAUAUGGAUGCAGCAACUGGGUUCGACCUCAGUUCAGAGUGUUGGUUUGGCUCGUCAUAUUUUACAGGACUAUUUUGUAUUAACCCCCAAUACUGUCGACAAGCUCAAGCAGUUGCCAGUCUUAGCCCCUCAUUUCACGGCUAAUCUUCUCACUGCCAUCGGUGAAGUUUACAAAGAUAGAAACCCACCUACAGAAUUGUUGAAACUCAUUGGUGAUUGGAUAGAUGAAAAUCCUAGUCUAUUAUUGACAUCUUUAAUGGACAAUCCUGCUCUACCGACUGGAGGGAUUCCGAUGACUCCGAUCACUCCUAUAGCUGGCCUUUUUAGAUGGUGCGUACUUAGUCCAUUACGACAUGAUUCUGUAACUGUGACUGCAGAAGAUGGGCAGCAAAAAUUUUACUCCAAGAUACAACAGCUUCUUAUGGAUUCUGUGCUACGACUGAAAAAUAGCGGCAGCAAUAAGCAUGCUAUAUCAGCACAACAUCUAGCUGCCACUGCUCGUGUAUUAACAAACAUUCCACACAUACAGUUACAAUCCGCAUCACGUGACCUGGCAUUGGAGCGGCUUGCACAAGCUGUUAGUGCGGCAAUGUCUGCAAAUUGUAUAUAUGGAAACAAACAGGAGUUACUUGCUCUGCUGCAACCGUUGUCAUACCAACACUUUCUUAUAGAGUGGACGUUAAAAACGAACACAUCAAAGAUGGCAUGACUUCAAGAAAUGCCAAUAACAGAAAGUGGAUCGUUAAAUAAAAUGCAUCUCACCUGGAAAGUUCUGAGACUGACUGCAGAAAAUGCCAAGAGUCUAAACUCACGUAUACGAUUUGUGGAAGGAUUUAUA